UUUUUUUUCCACUACAGAAAACUGAGAAAGAGAGACAGUGAGAAACUGAGAGGCCUUGAGAAAUGUUGAAGAUGGUGUGGCUUGUCUUCUUCCAGCUUAUGCUUCUGGGUUUCUCUGGCGCAACGCAUGAGUCUGAUCAAGUCCCAACUCUCUCUGAGACAACCUAUCAGGUGGUUCAAGUUUCAAGUCUUCCCAGAGCUGUUGCAGUGAGUGAGCUCAGUAAGGUAUCUCGCAGUGUUCUCAUGGCUGAGACAAGGCUCACCAACCCAACAGAGGCAGAACCAACAACCAGGAAGCUCUUAUCCACCGACCCAUUUCCGGCCAGACCCAAUCCACAACCCACAACCUCAGACCCCCCAUUCCACUCCUCUGUUGGCUUCUCUGUUCCUGCUAACUCAGCCAAAAACCCACAAACCCCACAAGCUCAAACAGCCUCACCUGCACCGGCCCAAACAGCCUCACCUCCAAACCCCGAAGCAGCUUCACCACCUUCGGAGAUGUCUUCCCCUGAAGCCCCCGAUGCCUCUCCAGUUUACCAUCAAGCCACUCCUCCUUUUCCUUACGAGCUGCCACCGUGUAAACCGAGAGCCCCGGCACCGGAAUUUAGGCCUGUGCAUAAACUGUGGUGUGUGGCCAAGCCGAGUGUUCCGGCAGAGACAUUGCAGGAGGCUGUGGACUAUGCUUGUGGAGCUGGUGGUGCUGAUUGCCAGGAGAUUAUGCCAGACGGAAACUGCUACUACCCUGAGUCUGUUGUAGCCCAUGCUUCUUAUGCUUUCAACAGCUACUGGCAGAAGAACAAGAGGAAUGGAGGCACUUGCAGCUUUGGUGGCACUGCUAUGCUCAUCAACAGUGACCCAAGUUAUCAACUCUGUCGCUUUGUUGUCACCUAGAUGCAUCAAGAAUGGUAGCCGAGACUAAUAGUCUCUUCGUAUAGGAUAGGUUGAAUUAGGGGACAUCUGAUUCUAAGUUGGUCUGUAAUUUUGCUACCCUUAAUUUUUGGCACUAGUUUACUAGUCUGCAUUUGAAGAUAUUAAUCUAGUUCUAAGUAGUUAUCUCAAUGUGGUAUCUGUGCUUCUCGACAAGUACUCUUUUGACUUGUAAUCCUCUGUGAUACUCAUCUUUGCUAUGCUUAAAGGGAUUUAGCAGUUUAUUUGGGA